AAGGAAUCAUUUCGUACUUCGCUCACACACCGACCCGCAGCUCCCACAUCAGCCUCUCAACCUGAGCCGCAGGAAUGGGUAGGAGCUGCAGUUUUUCUGCGACUCAGUAACGGUAGCGAGCAGGCUAAAGGGCUUGUGUUCUUACGCGGGUCCUGCUCCGGCCGCUUCAUUGCCUUUGACCUCCGCGCGGAGGCGUGGCUUCCCAGCAAACAUGGCUUCCAAGAAGCUGAGGGGGAGACAGACUUUGCUGUUGCUUCUUCUAGUAUGUGUGGCUGCUGUGCAUUUAAUGGCCUGUCCAUUCACUAAGGUGGAGGAGAGUUUCAAUCUGCAAGCCACUCAUGAUAUCCUUUACCACGCACUUGAUCUGGAUAAGUACGAUCAUCAUGACUUCCCGGGGGUGGUGCCAAGGACGUUCCUCGGGCCGCUCUUCCUUUCUGCCCUGAGCGCCCCCGCGGUGUGCUUGCUCUCUGUCUUGGAAGUGUCAAAGUUCUACUCUCAGCUGAUUGUGAGAGGAUCGUUGGGAGUGACUGUUAUAUUUGCACUCUGGACCCUGCAGAAAGAAGUUCAUAAGCAGUUUGGAUCAACAGUGUCUACAUUAUUUUGCUUGAUAACAGCCACUCAGUUUCAUUUCAUGUUUUACUGCACUCGAACCCUUCCAAACAUUUUUGCAGUCCCAUUUGUACUCUUUGCUGUUACAUCUUGGAUAAAGAAGGAACAUGGUCAGUUUAUAUGGCUGUCUGCCCUUGCCAUUAUUGUAUUUAGGUCUGAGCUGUGUAUAUUCCUUGGACUCUUACUACUCGUGGCACUUUUAAGGAAAAAUAUAAGUGUCUUGAAGAUCCUUUUGCAUGCAGUCCCAGCUGGAUUUCUUUGGCUGGGAAUAACAGUUGUUGUUGACUCCUAUUUUUGGAAACGUCUACUUUGGCCUGAAGGAGAAGUACUGUGGUACAACACAAUUUUAAAUAAAAGCUCAGACUGGGGUACAUCACCCUUCCUGUGGUACUUUUACUCAGCAAUACCACGAGCUUUAGCAUUUAGCUGUUUCUUUUUACCUGUUGGUCUUCAAGACAAGAGGACCCAUAUUCUGAUUGCACCAGUUAUAGGAUUUAUAUUUUUGUAUUCUUUCCUUCCUCACAAAGAAUUACGAUUUAUAAUUUACACAUUUCCUGUUUUAAAUAUAGUGGUGUCUAGAGGAUGUGCAUACUUGAUCAAUAACUAUAACAAAUCCUGGAUAUUUAAAGCUGGGUCUUUCUGCGUUGUAGCACAUAUCCUGGCAAAUGCGACUUACUCUGGUACUUCACUGUAUGUGUCACAUUUCAACUAUCCUGGUGGUGCAGCAAUGCAAGCACUGCAUACCCUUCUCCAUCCUUCAACAGAUGUGUCUGUACAUAUAGAUGUUGCAGCAGCACAGACAGGCGUUUCAAGAUUUUUUGAAAUCCACCCUCACUGGAGGUACGACAAAAGGGAAGACAUUUUGCCAGGAGAUGAAAAUAUGAUGCACUAUUCCCACAUUAUAAUGGAAUCUGUGGCUUCACAUUUAAGUCUCUACAGAGCUACUCAUAAAGUUUUAUCAACCAUACCUGCAAUGAGUGGAAUUGGAUUGAACCUCACUGCCCUUCCUCCUGUAUAUAUUAAGUUAACAGAAAAACUAAUUAUAUUAGAAAAACUUCCACAAGCCUAUUAAUGUUUGUAUACAAUAAAUUUAUUUUGUAUGGA